AUGUCUCUUGAUGAUCCCCAAAACAAAUCCAGAUCAAUGUGUGUUCCAGAGUUAAACAGCAACAACAACACGACGACCUUCACACAGAUUUUGGUAAUCUCAUCCAUUGGCUUACUCUUAGCCCUUGCACUGCACUUCCGUCUAAGGAAGCUACGUCACUCCAAGAACAUCCCUCGUCUUAGAUCGUCUCACAAACACAAAGGCCAUGAGAAGCUUGAGAGAUUCUCUCACUAUGUUGUGCGGCAGAUGGGAUUCAAGGACAGGAGAGAGUGUCCUCAUCUCUGUAAGUUAGCUAAUGAGUACAUAAGGAAAUCAGGUAGUUGCGAGGAAGACAUUUACAGCUUUUUCUCUGAAGAGCCUGGUGCUGAUUCUCUCUUCAUUAAGCUUGUUGAAGAGUUUGAGAGAUGUAUUCUCAGUUACUUUGCUUACCACUGGAAGCAUGCAGAUCUCAUGAUCAGUCAGAUACUCAGCGCCGAUGUAGAGCCUAAGAAGAAGCUAAAGCACAUUGUCAUGGCGGCUACGCGGGAACAGAGGUUUGAGAGGGUGACUAAAAAUCUAAAAGUGGCAAGAGUGUUUAACACAUUGGUAGAGGAAAUGAAAGCAAUGGGGAUAGCAUCCGCUGAUGACUCUGAGUGUACAGAAGUUAUGGCUCCAGUUGCACACAAGGACCGAAGCCCGGUUCUACUUCUUAUGGGAGGUGGUAUGGGUGCAGGAAAGAGCACUGUGCUUAAAGACAUUCUCAAAGAACCGUUUUGGGCAGGAGCUGAUGCUGUGGUGAUCGAAGCUGAUGCUUUCAAAGAAUCUGAUGUGAUAUACAGAGCUUUAAGCUCCAGAGGCCAUGUUGAUAUGAUCAAGACUGCUGAAUUCGUAAGUGAAAUGGAAAUAAAACAGGUUCACCAAUCAUCAACGGAUGCAGCAUCAUCGCUGCUCGUUACAGCUCUUAACGAAGGGCGAGAUGUGAUAAUGGAUGGAACACUCUCUUGGGUACCAUUUGUGGUUCAGACCAUAACCAUGGCAAGGAAUGUGCAUCGCCAUCGUUACAGAAUGGGAGCUGGCUACAAGGUUGGUGAGAAUGGAGAUGUUAUAGAGAACUAUUGGGAACGCAUAGGCGAAAGACAACAGCUGCAAGAAGAUGGAAGGGAGAGAAAGCCAUACAGGAUAGAGUUAGUUGGAGUGGUGUGUGAUGCAUAUUUAGCAGUGAUUCGAGGCAUUAGGAGAGCAAUAAUGUGUAGAAGAGCAGUUAGAGUGAGAUCUCAGCUGAGAUCUCACAAGAGGUUUGCUGAUGCGUUUCUUACCUAUUGCAACUUAGUUGACAAUGCUAGACUUUACUGCACCAAUGCUCUUGAAGGUUCUCCAAAGCUGAUAGGGUGGAAAGAAAAGGAAAAGACAUUGCUAGUGGAUCCAGAGGAGAUAGACUGUUUGAAGAAUGUAGGGAGGUUAAACGAGAAUGCGGAUUCUAUCUACGAGCUAUACAGAAAUCCAAAUCCUGCUUGUGAAGCUGGAUCAAUAUGGAAAGACAUUGUUCUUUCUCCUUCAAGAUUCAACAUUCAACAGGAGCUCAAAUACUCAAUUCAGAAAGUCGAAAGAUUCAAACAGUAUCUCCAAGAAACACCAAGAUUGAGAGACGAAGAUAGAUAAACGAAGAAGAUCUCUAGCUUUUUUUCCCGGUAUGUCAUUCAUUUAUGUAACUCCUUAAGUCCUGAAACGCAUAAGCUAAGGAAGCAAAUGUAUGACAUGAUUCAGAGGAAGACAUAUAAAUCUUACCUUAACAU